UGCAAAAAGAAUUAUUGGCUUAAACAGUUCAAAGAUCUCGACUGUAUUGUAAUAUCAAUUUAAGUAUCUGUGUAGAGACAGAUAGUUUAAUGAGAGUGUUAUUUCAUUUUCUCUCAAGAACGCAAGUAAUCAGUACAUAUUGAAUCUCUCGUAGUAUAACAGCAAUGUUAGCUUUCAGUCAUAUCGUUCGAAGUGCUUUAAAAAACAAUAGAAAUUUCUCAACUAAUUAUAAUACAAAAACAAAGGAAGCCAUCGCUGGACGAGUAUGGACCAAAUUACAGAUACAGAAUAAAAAAGAUCUUUUAAGAUUAAGAGUUCAAGAUUUAACAAUGGAUUUAUUAGAGGAUGUUUUGGAUUUCAAUAUGAAUUACUUUGUGAAGGAGGAGAUUUUUCAUAAAAUAUCUGGUAUCAGUGAAGAUCCAGAAGCUGUAAAAGAGUACAAAGAAAUUAUAUCACAAGUAAUUAUGAAACCAAAUUACUCUACAAAAGUUUAUAUCAUUGAUGAUUACUCAAAUCCGAAUACUGGGAAGAUAGUUGCAGUGUCUAUGAUGAAGAUAGUUUCGUCACAUGAAGAUCUAAAUUACAAUAUACAGACGAAAACAGAAGCAGUGAGAAGACUUCUAAAUAUUAAAUCUACUUGUUACAAAUUAUUUUCUAUCGAAGAUGUUAAAAAGAUGUAUAAUGUGGAUCGAUACUACGAGGAUACGGGGCUAGCGAUACAUCCUGAAUAUAGAUCGCUCGGCAUUAUUAAUUUUGAAAACACACUUAGACGAGUGACAUGCCGAGAAGAUAAUAUACGCUUAAUAGGUGCUUGGGUUACUAUGCUUACAGCGCAAAAAGCAUAUCAAAAUAACAACUACAAUACUGCCUUCGAUAUAUCUUACAAAAAGUUAGUAUCUAUUCUUGGUAUUAAUUUCGAAGGAGUUCCGACAAUGUGCAAGUAUAUGACAUUAAAACUGAAUUAAAAUUAAAACAUUUUUAUAGACGUUUUUUCAAUUGAA